AUGUCCGCAUUUCCAUCGGAAAUGUUCACCGGCGCGUUUGAACACGGCUCCUCAUCACAGGACUUGCCACCCGUUCCCAAUAUGUAUCCGCAUGUUCUAGCCUAUUUGUCGCAGACAGAUGCUGCGACUACUCAAUUGACUCACCAACCGGAGUUCCGCCAUCAGCUCGACACAAUGUUGAAAGAAGUAGAAGCUCAUCGACACAAGAUGGCCACGUUUCUGGAAGAAUUCUCCCGCGUACAAACGGAGAAUAUGCAUCUGCGAACAUAUCUUAACUCUCAAUUACCAUCGAGACUAAUUGAUUCCGGUCCAUCAAAUUUCUCUGCUCUCCAAGCGCCAUCAUCAGAUACGACUGGAAAGUCUUGGGACAGCAUUGUGUUGGAUCUUAUCUAA